GCACAAAGCCACACGAACAAUCGCAGCCCACGUCGGACAUCCCAAGCUACCAACUCUUCGACUCGUUUCUCCCCUCUGCAGACUCUCCGCUGAAAACUCGAACUCCCGUAGCGUUUUCCACUUUACAUAGUUGGUUUCGAUUUUAUUUUCUAUUUGAAUUCUAAUGACAGAUAAUGGUAGAAAUGAUGAUGACACAAUAACAUCGGUUGAUACCUCUGUUGAAAAGCUUCCCAAUCAUCUCCUGAUAGAAGUUUUCAUUCGAGUUCCUGUCUCAGAUUGGGUACAAGUAUCUUGUGUGAAAAAGGAGUGGGCCAAUCUGUUUCGUGGAGAAUGCUUGUGGCAAGCUGCUCUAGUCAAGCUUUACCCUUUGGCUGGCCAAACUAAAAAGUGGCCUGGACCUAUCCCUCGAGGGCCGAGCAGAAGGAGAUUCACAGCUUUAUACAUUAGUAAACACAUGUUUGCUCUGGAUGGUGAGAUAGACGAGCUUGUGGGCCACAUUUAUUUGUUUUUGAAAGAGCAACUUGAGCUUUCCACUAUGCCACCUCCUUCAGGGAUACUUCAUGGAACAAUGAUAGAUCAAUUUAUUGCUUGUGGCAAAUCAAGUGACAUGGCCCAUGAGCUAGCUUCACAGAUCUGGCUGGCCGUUGUUGACGGUUUGGAGGAAAAUGAACACACGUUUUGCUUGCUUAAAAAUCUUGCACAGGAGGGCGAUGUUUUUCUUCCAUACCCAUACUCUAUAUCAAGCAAAGUCCAAUGGAGGGUGUUUGAAAAGCUGUUCACCGAUUUCCGUGACUGCUUUAGUCGUGUGGAUUACUAUGAUGUAUUGGCAUGCGCCAAGAACAAGUUUCAGCCGAUACCAUCAGCUUGGUUAGGUUACUAGCCACACCUUAGAUGCAUAUCCCGGACCACAUCAAGUGUUUGUACAUGGGAAUGUAAGUGUUUCCUUGCCUUGUCUUGUCUUGGACCUUGCUAUUAAGUUUUGAAAAUCUCUACAGAAUGUAAAGGAUAAAAGGAAACUGUAUAUUGCUCUUCAAAAUUGCUUGGUAAUGAC